GAUGUAAGGCCAGGUGUUGGUAGAUGGUGUAGGGCACGAUGUGUCUCCACAACAAACACAGAUAGCAACACCCAUAUGCUGGAAUCACACGUAGCCGGGUGUGGAAGACUGGCCUCACCGUUGAAGCACAUGUAACAAUCAUGUUCAUUCUGAUAGCGUGUGUCUUGUUGUCCUGUUGGGUUGAAGUAGGCACGUACAGGUGUCCCUCAACAGCUCCUCUUUAUUUCCCCGAUCCUUUGUACUUCCCCAAUUAUUGGGACUGUAUUAGUGCACAGGAAUGUCGAGGAAAGUCAUUUGUGAUCUACGGGAGAACAUGCGUGCAUUCCUGUCCGCCGGGGACGUUUUACCAACAGGAAACUUCCACCUGCUACAACACGUGUCCUGUACAUACGAUCAGGAUAGGAUCACGUUGUUUGAAUGGGACAUACUGCAUGUCCAACAACAACCAGGUUCUGUUUAAUGGUACAUGUGUGGCAUCCUGCCCUUCGUCCGCGCCUUUCACGAAAGAUUGGGUUUGUCGUAAGGAAUGCCCAGCUGAUACUGUAACAAAUAAAUCCGAAGACAACACAACAUGUGUUAAAGCUUGUCCUCCUGAGAAACAGUCGAUUCUACAAGGUGUCUGUCAUUCGUCAUGUCCACCUGACAAAUCUGUCACCGUAAAUGGAACAAUAUGUCUAUCAAAACAGGAAUGUACUGACAAGCUGGGUCAUUUCAUAUACAACAAUACCUGUGUUCCCGAGUGUCCACCUACAGCUAUGUUCAGUGACCAGGGGGUCAUGCACAGCACUUUGCCCGAAAGAGAAAUAUUUUCUUGGGAAUCAUUGCAUUUUGGUCACUGAAUGUGUCAGCCGGAAUAGCGUUAUUUUCCGAAAUGAAUGCAUCGCUGCUUGUCCUGCUGAAGCUCCUCAUGCCAUAGAUAACGUGUGCUACUCGACAUGCCCCAAGGACUACGUGUUGGAUAAUGAAACAUGCAUAGGUUUACACCAAUGCAUAUCUCCACGUGGCCUCUUUAAGGUGAUAUUCAACAAUACCUGUGUUGACUCCUGUCCACAUGAAGCACCUUUAAACCACCAAGGAAUGUGUGUACAACGUUGUCCAGGUGACACUGUAGUUGUAGACAUGCAAUGUUUUGACUCUUCUAUGUGUUUAGACAGCAGUAGGUUUAUAUCCAACGGAACAUGUGUAUCUAAGUGUCCUGGACGAUCGCCGUACGUAGCCAAUGGCUACUGCUACCCUACCUGUCCUAAAGACUUUGUUCUCACUACCCCAGGGCAGUUCCAGUGCAUUAGCGAAUCUGAAUGUGUAAAGAUGAAGAAGAUGGUGUUCAACAGAACAUGUACAACAGCAUGUCCAAAAGAAUCUCCAUACACCAGGUCAAGCCACUGCUACCCACCUGCCCACAGGAAACAGCCAGUUUGCCUGAUAUGAAGUGUGUAAGUUAUCAAGACUGCAGGACGCGAGGGAAAUUUGUGCAUGAAUCCAAAUGUCUACAUGACUGUCCAUCAGCGUUUCCAUAUAGAUUACAUGACACGUGUAUCUUGGAAUGUCCUCACAACACAAGCAUAUUUCCAGGCAACAAAUGCGUUUCUCCAUCCGAAUGCCCAACGAUAAACGGCGCGGUCAUGUACAAUGGAUCAUGUUUACCUACAUGCCCUCCUUUUGCUCCAUACGUACAUUCUAGAAAUUGUCUGUCCAAAUGUCCGACAGGAUUUUUCGCUAAAGGUUCUGACUGCCUAAAUAAUUACAACUGCCAAAAUGUCUUAUACAAUGGAUCUUGUUUAUCCUCCUGCCCCAAAGAAGCACCAAACAGAAAGGACAAGAACUGUUACUCCAUUUGUCCAUCAGAAACCUACAAUUAUCAGGCCACAUGCAUUGAUCAAUAUGAUUGUCAGGAGAAGAAAUUCUAUCUCUCCAAUGGUAGUUGUGUGCCAACGUGCCCAUCUGGCAGUGCUGGUUACAGGGGUUACAUUUGUCAACCCUUAACAGACGUGUAUCACGCAAUUAUAGCGACGUCAUUUUUUCUGUUGACGGUGACGAUGUGUCUGUUUUGCAUGAUGUAUAAUCCUAAGACAUCAAGGCUAAUGAAUGCACCGGCGAAGCUUCAAGGAGAACGGCUCGCUUAUAGAGAAUGUGACAUGGUGGAGUGUGUUACGUCGGACCAUCACCUUAGACAACAGCAAGACAACGCUGAUUCGUACGAAGGAAACGUGGAAUGUAAUUCCAAUGAAGAGAUGCUCCCAUUGGAACAUUACCGAAAUAACCCUCAUGAUGUGGACAUCUGUCAUGCAGUUGCGAACUGUUCUUAUGAUGUGAUUGUCCAUCCACAAAGAGACUACGACGACGACGUGCCUGUGUUGCAAGCAACAUCAGAAGACGACCCUUUGAUCCAGCAGGCUGAUGAUGCUUUCUUAUUUGGUGAUGGAACUUGCUGAAUUUGUCACAACAGUGAAAGACUGGUUGGUAAUGUCGGUUAUGGCUUGAAUACCCUCUGAAUAAGCAUCAUCAAUAUCUAAGUAAUAAAAUUACUUUUACCAUCCUCAGAAAAUGUGCAUUUAAUAUAAUCAGGCAAACAUGGAUGCUGUCCCAACUUUACAGUUUGAUAUUGAUAACUUACCUCCACUUGAGUCCAGUCUAGGGCCCCGUUCCUCAGAGCAAUCGUAGCGCUAAGAUGAUCGUAACGCCCAUACUUUAACUUACGACUGUGGUAGCGCAAGUAGCCUACAAUCGCUUUCUUUCUUUCAUUAGCAUCUCUAUCGUCUUGUGUUUCUGACCCGUGAAGAUCCGGGGUAGAAUAUGUCUUGAGCACCCCAAGCUUGCCCCAAAAGGCGACUUUGCUUGUAGGGAGAGGCGACUAACGGGACUUGGUUGACACAUGUCAUCGGUUCCCACUUGCGAAGAUCGAUGUUCAUGCUGUUGAUCGCUGCAUUGUCUGGUCCAGACUCGAUUAUUUACAGACCGCCGCCAUAUAGCUGGAAUAGUGCUGAGUGCGGCGUAAAACUAAACUCACUCACCAUUGUGUUUCUUUGUCAUCAUCAUCGUUCAUUUAACUGUUUAUACGUUGCCUCCUAAAACGCGAUCUGACCUAUACAUGUGGUCUCAUCUUAGGCAAGUGAGUUUGUUCCAAAAUUGCCUCUGUUAACUUAUCAAAUAUUAAAUCGGUACCCGGUGGGAUGUCAUGCAACCAUAAACCUUCUAGCGCCUCACAGAUAGCUUGGGGUAUCCGGGGUUAUAAUAAUGAGAUUGUUUGGCCACUUCGAGCAUGCAUUGUGCAUGGAGAAAUGCGAGGGAUAAAUGGACUAUUAUAUUAUAUUAUUAUUAUAUAUUAACUGCUGUAUAAAUCUUAAAUAAUCGCGAAAGAUUUCCCUUCAUUUGACAUUCAGUUUUACAUCUACCAACAGGUAAUAGGAUGAGGGAUUUCCAUUAUGUUUUCAAAUGUUCAUGAUCAAUAUUCUUUCCACUUUUGUAAAUUCACUUCUAAAACAGACCUUUAGCAUUGUACCAUAAUUGAUAAAUAUAAAUCCAUAGGAGUGUGUCUGUUUGUUAACUGAAUAAUGCUUGUAGGACUCACUUACUUAGCAUAAAGGUUUUUCAGGUCUUGUACUUUUGAGAAAAUAAAAUAUUUCAAUGUCAAAA